AUGGGCGUGUCGCCGACAGACAUGGGUGUUUCCGCAAUAGGUUCGAAGUUUGGUGGUGCGCUGCUCGAAAUCAAACUGCUGCUACGCGAAGGUCUAGUACCCUCUUGGAAUGUGGCAGAUCUUGGGAAAUUAGGCUUGUCACCUUGGACACUGUUUCUUCGAGAAACUUCGAAAUUGUCAGCUUCCACAACGGCCUGUAGCACCAGGCUGGCGGAAGAGCCAGCUUUUUCGCGUCCAUCUGGCAAUAUUAUCACCAUCAGGGUUCUGAGGGUCAUCGUCGAAGGGAAGGUAACCGGCCAACAUAGCGUACAAGAUCACACCACAGGACCACACGUCGACUUUGCGUCCUUCGUACGGGUCGCUGCUGACGACCAAUUCUGGUGCUGCGUAACAGGGGGAGCCACAACUUGUUUUCAUCAAGUCUGUGGAUCUGAAAGUGUUGACAAACCCAAAGUCUGUGAUGAUGAUAUUUUUGUGUUUGUCCAACAAGAGAUUUUCGAGCUUCAAGUCUCUGUGGAUGAUCCCCUUUGCGUGCAUGUAGUCGACUCCGGAAACCAGCUGAGCAAACAGCCUACUGGCCAUAGAUUCUUUCAAGUACCGGUGUUCGAGAAUGUAGUCGAAAAGUUCACCUCCGGAGGCGUAUUCCAGCACAAUUCCGAUGUAUUUGUCGUUCUGAAGCACCUCUUCCAACCUCACGAUGUUGGGAUGUGCCAGUUUCUUCAAAGCGUUAAUUUCGCGGUGGACCUUGUUUUCCUUUUCAGAGCCCUUGGGUAUGGAGUCUCUACGGAUCAGUUUGAUGGCAGCUUGGGACGGCUGUUUGCCAUCUUUGCGCCAUCCGAGUUUGACUUUGCCAAACUCGCCUUCACCAACCGUAGAUCCCAACACAUAAGCUCCAAAUCUAACUUCCUUGGCAGUUCUUCUCUUUGUUCCGGAACUCAUACUAAGUCGCGAGCUUCUCGUUGA